AUGCUGCUAAGCUUCAGCAACAAGCACAUUGUGCACUCGCUGCUCGCCGCGUCGCUCGUCUUCGUCUCGUUGCUCAUCUACGUCUGGAACGUCCACCUGGUCCCUGGCGAUGCCUUGCGCUCCCACAGAGACCAUGACCGGGACGACAUGUGCCCCAGGGGCUCGCGGCGGCACGGAAACUCGACGUACUGCGUGCCCAAGGAAAUUGGCGGCAUCAAGUGGAAGCGACCGGCCGACGCCAGCAAGAUCAUGGGCCUGAUUUUCUACGGCCGCCGGUCCACCGUGUCCAUUCUCGACUGCUAUCUCAAGCGCAAUUUGGUCAAGAAUGGAGGCAUCCUCGACGGCGUCAUCUUCCUCCAGCGAACAACCGACGAAGACGAUCUCAAGUUCCUCGACAAACUCCUCAAAAGCGAGCCCGACUACAUCAAAUGGGUCAUUGACAUGACCGAGGACGGCUUUGCCUCGUCAUACGACCGGAUACAAGACGACGUUAUGUAUAUCAAGAUGGACGAUGAUAUCGUCUAUAUCGAAGAUUCUGCCAUUCCCUCCAUCGUCACGACCCGAGCCGAGCAUCCCGAAUUCUUUGUCGUUUCCUCCAACGUCAUCAACCAGCCUCUCAUCAGCUGGAUACACUGGAAUCUCGGCGCCGUCAGGGCCUACCUACCCGAGUUGAACAAGGCCUAUCCCGCUCCCCAGCCCGGGAGCAAGCUGAAUUGGCGCCCCUCGCUGCUCCCUUCCUGGCAAGGGGCCGACGACUUCCAAGUCAGCGAGUGGAACCCCCCGGACCACCAGAAGCACCGGUGGCUGCCCGUCAAAGGCCACAGCGACCACAUUCUCGACCGCACGCCCAUUGUGGAGACAGAGUACGACCCGUUUGGUCCUGGUUGGAAGAAGUGGCAGGUCGCCGCCCAGGAGCACUACAGCUUGUUUGAGAACAUCGAGAACAAUAAUCUGCGCCAAUACCGCUUCGGAACGUGGGACUUUCAGCUGAAGCGCAUGGGUAUUCAGUUUACCUGUAUGAUGGGCAAGGACAUCAAUCUGGCCAAGCCCAUUGCGGCCGACGACGAGCAUCACUUUGCCGUCACUAUGCCCGAGCAGACUGGUAGACAUGCUGUUGCUGAUGGUGGCGGCGUUGUGGCCCAUUUCAGCUUCGGUGCCCAAGCUGGCGACGAGAGAAUUGAGCAAACCGAUGUUCUUGACCGCUACCGGGUCUACGCCGAAGAAAACAUCUGCAAGGGACCCUUACUCUGGGACCCUGUCUUAGAUAACCACAACAUCCCUUGA